UGAUCCACUGGUUUGAGAUCAGGCUACUAAUACAGGAGGUGGAGCAGGCAGAGAAAGUCAAGCAGUCAGUCCUAACCCGUCUCUCCAACAUGGGAACUUUUUUAGACCGUCUAUGGAUAUUUUCUGGUUUAUUAUUAGCUUCUUCUGAAGUUCUUGGCUCAAACAUCUGCACAUCUCGAGGGGUGAGCACCUGCAGACAGUGUUUGGCUAUCCACCCUAGCUGUGCUUGGUGCUUUAAGGAAGAGUUUGGCCAAGGGGGCUCCAGUGUGUCCCGUUGUGACCUGAAGCAGAACCUGUUGGAUGGGGGGUGUACGAAGGGGGGGCUAGAGUUCCCCUUCAGUACCAUCAGUGUGCAAGAAAACACGCCCCUCAGUGACAAGGCAUCGGGGGCUGCUGACGACGUCACCCAGAUCAGACCCCAGAAACUCAGCCUCACUCUGAGACCAGAUGAUGCCAGGCGUUUCACAGUGACAGUGAAGCAGGUGGAGGACUACCCAGUUGACCUGUACUAUCUGAUGGACCUCUCCUACUCCAUGAAGGACGACUUGGCCCGCCUGCGCUCCCUGGGCAACCAGCUGGCUGCAGCCAUGGGCCGCACCACCAGCAACCUGCGUAUGGGCUUUGGGGCCUUUGUGGACAAGCCCCUGUCCCCAUAUAUGUACACCUACCCUGAGGAAGCAAUCAGUAACCCUUGCUAUGGGAUCCAGACGCGGUGCCUGCCUCAGUUUGGCUACAAGCACGUGCUGUCUCUGACCAAGCAGGUGGAGCGCUUCACCGAGGAGGUGGCGAAGCAGCAGGUGUCUCGAAACAGAGACUCUCCAGAGGGAGGCUUCGACGCGGUCAUACAGGCAGUGGUGUGCAAGGACAAGAUAGGCUGGCGUGGGGAUGCCUCCCACCUGUUGGUGUUUACUACCGAUGCUACGACACACAUAGCCCUGGACGGCCGGCUGGCUGGUCUAGUGCAGCCCAAUGAUGGACAGUGUCACAUCGACAGAGACAACAACUAUGACAAGUCGUCAACCCUGGACUACCCCUCUCUGGCUCUGAUCACAGAGAAGAUGUCUGAGAACAACAUCAACCUCAUUUUCGCUGUGACCAACAAUGUGAUGCCACUCUACCAGAACUACAGCCAGCUGAUUCCUGGCACCACGGUUGGAACGCUGUCGGAUGACUCCGGGAAUGUGAUCCAACUCAUCCUGGAUGCUUACGAGAGGAUCCGUUCCAAGGUGGAAUUGGAGUUGCUGGGUGUUCCAGAGGAGCUGGCUCUGUCCUUCAAUGCUACCUGCCUCAACGGAGAGCUCAUCCAGGGACUCAAGUCUUGCUCCGGACUUAAGAUCGGAGACACAGUGUCGUUCAGUGUGGAGGCAAGGUUACGCGGCUGCCCUAAGGAGAAGAACCGUACCUUCACCAUUAAACCUGUGGGCUUCAAGGACGCCCUGGAGGUUACGGUCCACUUCGCCUGCGGGUGUGACUGUGAGGCCACAGCCCAGCCCGCGAGCCCUCUCUGUAACCGGGGAAAUGGGACCUACGAGUGUGGUGUGUGCCAGUGUAACCCGGGGCGCCUGGGAGACCGCUGUGAGUGUGCCGACGGAGAGUACAGGCCCUCAGACCAGGGCAACUGCAGCCCCAAACCUGAUGACCCCAUCUGCAGUGGGAGGGGCAACUGUGUGUGUGGCCAAUGCUCCUGCCACACUAGUGGCUUUGGAAAGGUGUGGGGCAAGUACUGCGAAUGUGACGACUUCAACUGCCUGCGCUUCAAAGGAGAGAUCUGCUCAGGCCAUGGGAAAUGUGACUGUGGCUUCUGCAAGUGUGGCUCUGACUGGAUGGGGGAGAACUGUAACUGCACAACCCGGACAGACACCUGCAUGUCCAGCAUGGGCCUGCUGUGCAGCGGCCGGGGCCAGUGUGUGUGUGGGGCCUGUGAGUGCACCCAGCCAGGGGCCUACGGGGCCACUUGUGAGAGGUGUCCAACCUGCCCUGAUGCCUGCAGCAUCAAGAAGGAAUGUGUUGAAUGUAAGCACUUCAAGAGAGGCCGUCUCUUUGAGGAGAAAAGCUGUGCCCGAAUCUGCAGGGAUGAAAUUCAGAAGGUGGAAGAACUAGUCUUCUAUGAGAAGAAUGCUGUGAACUGCACCUAUAAGGAUGAGAAUGACUGUGUAGAGCGCUUCCAGUACUACGAGGAUGCCAGCGGAAAGUCCAUCCUGUAUGUCAUGGAGCCUGACUGUCCUAAAGGGCCUGAUAUCCUGGUGGUUCUCAUGGCGGUGGCGGGGGCCAUCUUGUUUCUGGGUCUGGCUGGCCUGCUCAUCUGGAAGCUGCUGGUCACCAUCCACGACCGCCGAGAGUUCGCCAAGUUUGAGGAGGAGAGGGCUAAGGCCAAGUGGGAUACGGCUAACAACCCCUUGUACAAAGGAGCCACCACCACUUUCACCAAUGUGACCUACCGUGGGAACACUUGAGGGACUCUUGACCAAUCACAAUCAGCAAAACUCAGGGGUUUAUAAGAGAGAUGCAAUGUAGUGACACAGAGGGGGUUGGUGAGGCGGACCCUCUCCACCGUCGUGAUAAAGUGUGCUGACUCUACUGUCAGUGAAAUACGUUUGUUGAUAUUACACUGUAGUGAUGGUAUUCUAUAUAUCAUGUAAAAACCAAAGCAUUAAAACUGCCUUAUCCAACAUUUCGAUAUCCGUACAAAUUAUGGCAGGGCCUCCAGGACCCCUAUUUCACCCACAAAGUGUGAUGUCAUUCCCAGAAUAAGGCCAGGUAUAGUUCAGAGACCCCAAACUGAACUUUAAAGACAAAGACUGUUAUGCUCUGUUGUUGUUUCAUGAAAUUGUACUGCACACACCACAGCACACAUCACUGCACACACCACAGCACACACCACUGCACACGCCACUGCACACACCACAGCACACACCACUGCACACACCACUGCACACACCACAGCACACUUGCCCACAGCACACUUGCCCACAGGCCUCUUCCACAAACGAACUGGUUGUAGUAUGUUAUUAUGGAACCUAACUGCUUGCUUCUACUGCCAUGGUUUACUUGCGUUAUGACACUAAACUCAGGUAUUCACACUGUAUUACAAAAAGGUCAAAGUCAAUACCUGUAAUAAACAGCCACAUGGGAUAUCAUGAGUGAAUUAUGUUUUAGUUAAUGGUGCUGGUGCCCAAUGUAUGCUGUAUGUUCAAAUAUGUCAAUGUUACAUUUCAUGUGUUUUGGGAAUGAGUGGUUUUUUGGUUAGAUUAUUGGUUUUACUAUGUUGAUUUAAAAAAAAGUGAAAUCACUCAUCCAUUUUUCUGUCUUUUUUUUAUAGCAAUUUCACUCUGCCAAGAAACAUUUUUGAAAAAAUUAUCUGCUUUUGCGUUUUGCUUUUAUAUAUGACAUCAUGUUUGUAAUUGAAUGAGUAUCAAUAACACAUUGUGCAAACCAGUACAAACACGAUUUGCCAUGGAUAAAGAUACGGAGAUUUCUGCGCAUGUGCAGGAUUUCCACUCCGCUGCCUUUGUAGCUGUUGCUCAGCGCUCGGUUGCGGCUUCACCCACCCGUAACAUGAGCGUCUAGUAAUUAUAUACAGAUCUCCGGUUUCAGACACUUGCAAAUUAAAAAGUUUAAUUGGCAGGUGUACAGUGCACUGUUAAGAUGCUGGCUAACCCCUAAAGUACAUUGGUGUUUUGCCAAAAGUAUAUAACUACCCCUGUCUAAAUAAAAUAAUUCAAAAAACUUUA